AUGCUAAAUGUGCACAAGCGCGGAAAGAGAGAAAAAGAGUAUUUAAAUAAAGAAGGCACAAAUUGCUAUUAUUCCAACCUGUCUUUGUUAAGAAUUAUUGAUGAGUGGUGUAACAUUGAAGCAAAUUCGUAUCCCGUUAGAAAUGCGAAUAUAUUAAAAAAGAUAAAGGCAGAAAUAAAAAAAUUUAUAUACUCCAAUAUAUUAUAUAAAACAAAAGUAAAUUUUUGUUUAUUCAAUACGUUUUACAAUUAUAAGUAUAAUUACGAUAUAAAAUAUGUGAACAGUCAGUAUUUAUUUGAUCUGUGUUCAAAUAGCUGCAAGUAUUUUUACCAGAUAUUGAAGAAAUAUUACCAGCAGAGGGAAAAUAAUGGCUUUGACAUUUAUGCAGAAAAUAUAGAAAAUAGUAAAUAUCGCGAAAGCGGCGAAAAUGGCGAAAUUGUUCAAAAUGGCGAAAUUGUUCAAAAUGGCGAAAUUGUUCAAAAUGGCCAAAUUAGCCAAAAUAGCCAAAAUAGCCAAAAUAGCCAAAUUAGCCAAAAUAGCCAAAAUAGCCAAAUUAGCCAAAUUAGCCAAAUUAGCCAAAAUAGCCAAAAUUACCUGAACAGGUCAGGAAAAAAAAAAAACGAAAAUGACUUUACAAAUAGCACAAUUUCGCAAAGCAGUUACACGUUCCGUAAUACUAACACUGAUAAGGAGAAAUAUGUGGACGACUUCUUUCAUAUAAAUAAGGACGGAGGGACUGAUUUACAGGAUAGAAACCUUGUCUUUACGGAAGUGUACACUUCGAUGAUUUAUUGUUGUCUUGUAUUAAUAAAAAAUAAAUAUUACUUGGACUUUAUUUGCUUGUAUUUAUAUUUUAAAUGUUAUUUCUCUUUAGAUAUACUAAUAUUAAAAAAAAAUAUUCAUUUAAAAUUUACAUCUCACGAACAUUUUCUUAGUUUGUUAUUUUCAUUAUCAAACGUUACAGCAUACCUAUCGGAUGAAAAGGAAGAAUUAAAACAAAAAGACGACUCGAAUUAUAAUGAAAUAAAAAAUAUGUACAGUCUGAACGAUUUUAAUGAAAAUAUAAAUAUUGGAAAUAUUACAAAAUUAUCUUUUAACGUCCUUUUAAAUUUAAGAGUAAAAAUAAAUUUUAAUGAAAUUAAUUACAAUAUAAAUGUAAAUAGGUAUAAAGAUGUGUGUAAUUAUAUAUUGCUAUUUCAGAAUGAUUUUACACAUUGGUAUAUGAUAAAAUUAAAUGAGCUACAUAGUUUAACACAGAAAUAUAAGCAGUAUAUUUUGAAAAAAGAGAAUAAAGAAGGGUAUAACCUUUUUUCGAAUGGUCUUGAUUUUACCCUCGAUAAUAUUUCUUUACUUUCGUUAAGGGCUGAUGGACCAAACACUCGUGUUGGAGAUGGGAAUAAUAUAAGUAAUUACUGCUCCAUUGGGGGGCACAACAACAUGAAUAUGAACAGUAAUAUGAAUGGUAAUAUGAAUACUAAUAUGAAUACUAAUAUGAAUGGUAAUAUGAAUACUAAUAUGAAUGGUAAUAUGAAUACUAAUAUGAAUGGUAAUAUGAAUACUAAUAUGAAUGGUAAUAUGAAUACUAAUAUGAAUACUAAUAUGAACGGUAACAUGAACAGUAACAUGAAUACUAAUUACAGAUAUGACAACAUGAACAUGUUCAGAAAUUUUUCAGAUAAAAAGUUAGUGGACGGGUUUAAACUUGGUACUCUUUGCAGUAGUCCGUUUAAUAUAAAAGAAACUUUCUAUCAUAAUUUUACCUUUUUCAAUAACACACAUGUUAAUAAUGAAUGUGUUACUAAUCAGUGCAUUUACAAUAGUGUGCACAUGAAUAAUAAUAAAAUGAUUAUACUGUCAACAAAUGAUAACUGGUUUGUUGAAAAAGAUUAUAAGGACGAGACAGCAUAUAACAUUGAAUUGGCUAAAGGGGGUAUCAACAAAGGUGGAUGUACGAUAAGUAGCAAUUUUAACACGUACAAUACUGGUGAUGAUGAGUUACUGUUUAGAUCUCUUCAUCCUAGGGGAAUACUGUUCAUUGGAGCUGAUCGUAUUUACAAAGAUGAGUACUGUGAGUUAAGCUAUAUAGAUGACUAUUGUAACAUUUUCAACUACUGUAAAAAUGAAAAAGAAAUGGAAAAAAGGAAGAAUGGUUUAAGAAGUAUUUUUCAUUAUGCAAAUGGUAGUAUUCGUUGUAGUGAGAACAAAUUCAUCCAUAAUAAUGAUGAUGAUAAUAAUAGUAAUUAUGAUAAUAAUAGUAAUAAUGAUGAUAAUAAUAGUAAUUAUGAUAAUAAUAGUAAUUAUGAUAAUAAUAGUAAUUAUGAUAAUAAUAGUAAUUAUGAUAAUAAUAGUAAUUAUGAUAAUAAUAGUAAUGAUAAUGAUAAAUUCCUUUGGACAAAGUCUUACAUGAAUGAUACUUCGGUUCUAAAAACAUUAGAAAGAAAAAUAGUUAAUAGCAGAAAAGAAAAAUAUAAAAAUUCUUUUUUAAGCAUUCUCAAUAGUAUAUAUAUUACUAUGCACAAAAAUAUAAUAUACAGCAUAAACAAUAGAAUACAGGAAUAUCGUUUUUUAAUUUUGAAAAGAUUUUUUUAUUUCUUCAGUAAAAACGACUUUAAAAAUGUAGAUGACCUGUUCAUAUGCAAAAAUAAAAUUUUGACUUGUUUACUAGGAUGCGAAAAUGAUAUGUUUCCGUGUCUUCAUAACGAUAAACAGAGUAGUUGUAGGGGUAGUAGUAGAUGUACUGGUAGCGGUAGUGGUAGGAACAAUGAUAGCAGCAGAAGGAUAAAGCGAAAGAAGGGGAAGAACAAUAAAAACUACUACUUCUACCACUGCAACAAUUGGGGAAAAAAGGAACAAGGAUCAACAACCCAGCUGACGGACAUUUUUAAGGAAAAGACCAACAAGUUAACAAAUGGCUGCAUAUUCAUCAGCAAAAAUGUAGUAUGUGUUGAUCCUAACGUAGCCUUUUGGCAAAAAAGAAAAAACAAAAAAAUUUUUCACCUUCACUUUAAACCAUUUCAGAAUUAUUUUUCCUCUUUAUUUUAUCAAAAAUAUCUUCAUGUAUUUCUUUACUUUUCGAAAAUAGGAACAUUAGUAAGGUAUAUUAAAAUGUUUACAUGCGUUUUUACAAAAAUUAUGUACAGGAAGGUAGAAGCCCCCGGCGCAUUAUCUAGUGGUGCGCAUAUAAGAAGUAUACGAUGCAGUGAUCAAACUUCAAAGGAUACAGACGGCAAAAAGCAUAAACAAGUCAACCAACAUUAUGCGUACUCCGAUGAAGAUGUAGUACCUGUCGGGGAAGUGUUCAUUUCGUAUGUACAUUCAGUUAGAAAAUAUAUGUUGUUAUAUGAAGACAAAAUAAGAAAAAUUUUUUUAGAUGAACAUAUAGGAAGCCCAUUAGAAAUAUACAAUAAAAUAAAAAAAUAUACAGAAUGUAUAGAAUUUUUAAGUUUUCUAUGCUCUAGUUAUACAUAUGAUGACGAAAUAUUUUACAAAAAAUAUUAUGCUUUUUAUAAAAAUUCAAAUAAUUUUAAGAAAAACAAUCCUGUUAUUACGAAAGGAAAACAAAUACAUGAGUACAACUAUUUUUCAAAUAUUAUUUACGGUCUUUCUCAUGAACACUAUGAAGGAAGACAUAUGCAAAAGGGUAAGAAACGUAGGUCCUUUGCAGAAUUGGAAACGAACGAGGUUGUACAUAAUAAAAUAAUAUCUAAGAGGCCAUCAGUCGAAAAUGAUAUUAAUAAGAAUAAUAGCAAUAACAAAAGCAGUAAUAGCAAUAGCAAUAGCAAAAGCAAAAGCAGUAAUAGCAAUAACAAUAUAGCAUUAUUAAAAAAUGGCUUAGACCUUAGAAAUUAUAAUUUAUUUAUUUUUCCAAGGGGAAGCGAACUACUAAGUUACAUUUACAAAUAUUAUUAUUUAUUUCUGAACACUAAUAAGAAAAAUCUCAUGAAAUUGUGCAGAUUUAUUUUUCUAAGAAUUAUUAAACCGUUUUUGCAUUUUCUUUACUCUUAUGUUUAUAUGGGCAUUAAUAAAGACUACCAUUUUGAAUAUAUUAUAAAUAAACAUGUAGUGAAUAAGUUUUUCUUUAUUUAUCAGAACCGAACCAAGUACUAUGACAGAAAGUAUUUGUUGUCCAGUUCGUGCAUUUCCCUCCCGAUUUUCUUAAAAUAUUCCAUCGAAGUUAUUUACAGUUCAGGCAUGCUAACCAAAAUUUUACGAGCAGCUAGUGAAGAAGAUUUCUACUUGGCUAUACCAAAAAUUGGAAAUUUAAAAAAUGCACAAAGGGGAAAAACGUUCGGAAAAAAGAGGAGACAAGUUAAGGAAGACAUAAAUGAAACUAGGAAUAAUAACGAAGUAGAUAUUCCCAAAUUAUUAUGCUCUGCUUCAGUAAAUAAAAUUAUAAAUUUUUUAAAUUUAUACAAUAAUCCGAACUAUAAAAAGAUAAAAGGGAAAAAUGAAAAAUUAGGAAAUGUCUUUAUCAAAUAUUGGAAUAAGGAAAAAUACUCCAAAAUUAUUUAUGAAGAAACGAAAAGAAAAAUUAAUAAAAAAUUGCAGUAUUAUUUUUUCAAAUUAUAUAAUAUACUAAUAAAUAAUCAAACAGUUAAUGAGGGGCAGAAUAACAUCCAAUUUACUCAGUACAAUGAUGAAAAUAAGGAAGAAGGGGGAAAAUAUUUAUCCCUAUAUAUGAAGGGGAAAAAAAGGAAAAAGAGGACAAAAAAUGUGUGUAGAGUGAUCAACCUAAAUAAUACAAGAAUAAUUAAUAAAAAGAAUAUAUUAAAAAGAGAAAAGUGUAAUCUUAAAAAUUGUAACAAUGAGCAUUCUUUUAAUUAUGAUUAUUUUUUGGGGAAAGAACAUGACUUAGCAGUUGAAGUGAGAAAACGUAGAAGGAAGGAUAGUGCACCUAAUUCUAAAAGAAUUGUUAAUAGACUUCAUUCCAACGGGAUGAAUUUGAAGAGAAAGAAGUUAAGGAGGGAAUACAACCCUAGUAAUUGUUCGAACGGGAGCGACGUGACGUAUUCACUUCACUCAGAUGGGACAGGAGCAACGUCUUCUUAUCACUUGAAUGGAGCGGAAUCAGCUUCUUCUUUGCUCGAGGAUCUCCCCAGUUCUGGUUAUUACGAUGGAUGUGCAGGUGCACACCUGGCCAUUCCUUACACAUGCAAUUGGACACUACGCGAAAAAGAAGAAAAGGAGGAAAAAAGGCAUCGACUGUUCAACCUUUCCGAUGGCAGAAGUGUCGGAGCUACAACUACUGAGAAUACAUGUAGGAAAUAUGAUUUACUAAAAUUUCAGAUAAAUUAUAAGGACGAUAAGAAAUUAGAAAACGUAGUGAUGUUCAGUGAUAUGGAUGAUGGAUCUAUUAGAAGUAGAAUAAAAGGGAUGCACAAAAAAAAAAAGGAAAAAAAAGAAAAGAUAAAGAAAGAUAAAAAGUGCAAUAGGAAUGGAAAAGGAUAUUAUAAUAGUAUUUUUUAUGAAAAGGACAAAAAUGAAUACACCACUGCGGCAAGUAGAGAAAAUGAAAUAUGGAUGAUAAGAAAACAAAAAUUCGAAAUAAAAAGCAUUAACUACUUUAUAUAUAGAAACAUAUUCAUUCCAAUUAAUGAACACUAUGAAAACAUAAAUAAAAUCCUGGUUUGUUCAUUUUUAAUAAAUAAAAAUCUUUUAAUAUAUUUAUGUUUACUUAAGUGCUAUUUAUUUGAUGAAUGUGAAGAGAAUUAUAAAUAUGUUUGUUCCUUAUUCUAUUCUGAUAAAAAAAAUGAAAUAACAAAUUCUAUCAAUAAAAUAUACCAUACUAAUUUUAGGGAUAAAAAAGAAAUAAUUAAUUAUUAUCUAGAUGAAAAAUUCUAUACAGUAAAAGACAUAUCAACAAAAUUUUUUUAUAUCAAUAUAAACAUAGUUGUUCCAAAUGCUUUGAAAAUUUUUUUCGAUGAUGAUGUUAUAAAUAGUUAUAACAGCAUUUACAAAUUAAUCUCUUUAUUCAAGUUUACUUUAAAAAGUCUAAACGAAAUUUUUCUAAUAUUUACCAUGUUCUCGAAACCGCUCAUAUAUCAACAGUUCGAUAGAGACGAUAAAAAAACUACUAAUUUCCAUAAAAAUGAUUUUAAAUAUAUGGACAUAAUUAACAACAUAACACGAGAAAACAGAUUGAACGAGCAGGAGAUGCUUAAAGAGGAGUGCUGUGUAAUAACUUCUAAAGCAAAUAAUAUUUUUUUUACAAAAGAAAAAUUUUUAAAUGUCGGAUUUCAUCAUAAAUUUAUAUAUUAUAAAAAUGUGGAAAAGUUUUUAGAAAACAUAAAAAUCUUUAAUGACGUCCUUAACGAUUUUAAUAAAAUAAGAAGUGAAAUGUACCUUAUAAUUAGCUAUCUUUAUGACUAUUUAAUUAAUAUGAACAUGUGCAGGAAUUAUUUUUUUUUUUUUCAAAAUAUAUUAAAAAUUAAUAAAUUUCACCAUCUAAUAAAUUUUCAUAAAUCUUUUCUUGAGCAUAUGUUUAAAUUUUCUUUUUUGUCUUUCAACUUUCUUUCAUUUGGUAAGACUAUAUUUAAUAUAAUAAACACAAUUCAGUUGUUUAAAAAUAUUAUGACCACGUUAACACCAUUUGUUUCGGACAAGGGGCAGGAUAUCACGUCGUUCACUUCGAUAUUUGACCAACACUAUGAAGUACUGGAAAGAAACAUCAUCAUUUUAACAUCAGUGGAUGCGCAAAACUUUAUCCGGAAGUUUUACCUGUACAGGAAUAGCUUAAUUUUGCAUAUCCGGAGGUUUAAAAACAGCAGCUUGAGCUAUAUCUACAACAAGUUCUUUUUCAACGACUAUUACACGUCGCUGUUUCAGGAGUAG